AUGACUUCAGCUCAUUCAAAUACUCUAGAUUUGAAUACCAACACUGGACUUGAAAGGAAUCUGAUUUACGAUAAUGAGAACGAGUCAGAUCUUCAGUUUAAGAAGCUGUCGGAAACAUCUGGAAUGAAAGAAUACGAUGAAGUACUACGUACUCGGGAGAACCAUGGCGACAAAUCUGACAAUUCAAGUAAUACAUCUUCACGAAAUGAAAGUUCGACUCCAGAAUCUGAUAGAGAAAGCACGGUGUUAAAAGAAAGAAAGAAAUUCUCAAGGAAGGAUAAAAACAGAAUGAAUGGUAGUACAAGUAGCACAAGCUCUUUGAGAUUAGAAGCGAGUCCCUUGAUAAAAGAAUCUAACGAUACCCAACCUAAUGGAGAAAACAAUAGACCUUCUGGAGUGAUACAAGCUGGAGGAAGGAAGGUUUUCAUCGAACCUGACUUGGCUGGUCCCAAUCCUAGCUACACUGGAUUACCAUUGGAAGCAUUUCCUACAACAAAGAUCAAGAAAGAGUCUUUAUGGCCCCAAAAGGGAGCUAAAAAAUCUUCAAAAUCUAGUUCCAAAGAGCCUCAACCCUCAACUUUCACUGAAGAGAAUGAAAACAGUACCGAAGCUUUGUAUAACAGUGGCUUGAAAACCGAUUUAUCAGAAGACAUAACUAGUUAUAGCGAUGAGCGUGAGCCCAUAGAACUAAAGGUUCCUAGAAAGCGAUCUUCAUCUUUUUUGAAAGAGAAGUCAAGGACUCCUAAAAAGCCGAGAAAGAAUGUGGAAGAGCACUCCCCCUUGAGAGCAUCGAAGAGAAUAAAAGUCAUUUCUCCAAAGCGAUCAUCACGUACGAACUUGGCACCAUCUUCUAUACCUGGCGGUGAUGCUUCGCAUUCUACAGGCGACGAUCAAACGAAAGAUAAUGAUGAUUUUUGUACUUCAUGUGGAGAGCCUGGUGUAUUUAUUUGUUGCGAUUCGUGCCCUAAAUCAUUUCACUUUACAUGCUGUGAUCCUCCUCUUGAAGAAGUUCCAGAGGAGAACUGGCACUGCCACGAAUGCGUAGCAAGAAUGAAUCCUCAAUAUUUGACGCAAUGGAACGAUAUCGGCAUUUUUGGCCAACUUCUUAACCAGCAAGAAGGUAGGAACCCCAAGCAGUAUGAGCUACCAAAGUAUUUAAGGGAAAAUACUUUCGUUGGUGUAUCAACGGGAGAGAAUGGAAGGUAUCAGGAUAGUACCACCAAGCCUGAUCUUCCUCUCAAUAAAAUCAACGGCUCGCAAAUUAUUGGUUGUAAUAAGAACGAUGAUCUUGAAAUCGAAUCACUUUAUAAAAAAAAUGGGAAACCUUAUUUAUGCCAUAAAUGCGGGAUGUCUGGAUUAAAACAUAAGACCUUGGUACAUUGUGAUUAUUGUCCGUUGAUUUGGCACCUAGAUUGUCUAAAUGAAAUUCUCUGUAUACCCAAAACAAUUGGCAGCAAAUGGAGAUGUCCCAAUCAUGUUGAGGAACUCUUACCACAAGACUUCGGUAAGCUGCGUCAGUUUAAAGGUACAUCAGUGGUGGAUGUUGCUUUGCAUAAUCAAUUUUUGAAGAUUGCUGCUAUGAACAACUUAAUAAUUAAGUUUGACAACCAGGCGUAUUUAAAGGAAGGAAAAUUUCCACAUCUUCAAGAAUAUUUGAAUUUUCAAAAUGAAUACUACAAGUUUAAUACUAAUUUUAUUGAUAACCUAGACAAUUAUGAGGCCGAUGAUAGCACGCCAUACAAAAUUCCGGAUUACUUCCAAAAUUAUUCAACAUCGAUUGGGAUAACCGCAAAAUCUUCUAAUAAAUUACACAAGGUUAUUACGAUGACCACAGGUGAUGUCGAUAAUGGAUCAUUCAUUUACCGUGUGCCAGAAAGACUGAUAAGCUUGGAUUUCAUUUCAAAAGUUAAAAGUAAAAAACCAAUUAAAAAACUCGAAAUUCUUAGUUCCAUUCAGGAUUAUGAAAAUAAUAAGCGAUUGGAGCAAAACGAGGAUGAGAGAAUGAUCGUGGACGGAUUAUUUGAGGUGAAAGCUUCAAAGCCAUCAAAUUUGAAUUUCAAUGAGCUAGUUAAGGUGGCAUUACAAGAUCAAAAUGUUGAGCCCAAAAUAACUAACAAGCAAUCUCCUAGUAGACAACUUCAUAAUGACGAAAUCGCUGAUCUAUUGUCCAUAAAGAAGUUGAUGGAAUUGAAAGGAAAAGAAAAAUUGUUACACUUCUUGAGAUCAUGA